AUGCAGGACGAAAACCUCAUAGUUAACGUUCCUGAAUUUCAGAAUGGUGAUAAAUUCCAAAUACUUAAUGAAGGACGGCCUGAUAAUAAAACUCUGGGCUUGUCAGUCUCUCAAGGAGUCCCAGCCCAAGAUGUGAAUAUAUACCAAUCAGGAGACCAAACAGAAAAUUGUUUAACAUAUGAAACUUCUGAAUAUCUUUCACAGCUCCCAAAUACUGAGCAAUGCAGUGCUUUAGAUGAUGAUUUCCUCAAUCAACCUCUACCUCCACUUGACAAAUCCAUUGUCGACUCUCUACGUAAAUUCGAAUCCGAGACCAGGAAUUCUGAAUCUGAUGCACAGAUGACAGAUAAUGAAAACUGUAUCAUUGAUUUGCCAGAUGGGUCUGGUGCUAUAAUUCCUCGCCAGGAUUCUUUAGGGUUACUGUUUCGCGAGCCUGCGGGACUGAAAGAAGUGGAUGAGCUUGCAAGGGCUAGUAUGGAACAGAUUGAACCCAAUUGUAUUGAGUGGAAUGCACCCAUAUUCUCUGCUAAUCUCAUGGACUGGGGAAUUUCUCAACAGAACCCAAAAGCACCCAAUCCUUUGUGUCAAUCUUGUCAACUUAUGCGGCGUAUCAUCCACUCAAAUGGGACUCAAGAGUCGAGGCUAGAGAUUCAUGGACUCAAUGGGCAGCCCUAUCAUGCUAUUUCAGAAUGUCGAUUUGUUGAUGAUGAGAAAGGAUCUAGCUUGGAUUGUGAGGAUAACAGGUUUGAAAGACCAGAAGAUGUAGAACAGUUUAUAGCACUGUAUAAUGAUGUGCGCAGGUCGGAAAAAACUAUUUUGCGCUAUGACAGUUUCGUAAUGAAUGCCAUUACUGCAGCGCCUGAAUCUUGGCGGCCUGCAUCAGACUUAAAUCCAUCAGUAGUUCAAAACAAUUCUGUUAAAAAAGCUGGCAAUUCAAGUCACCUUCCAAAGAGCAAUUACUCUGCUCAGAGAAAGAGAAUCGGUAAGCUCCAAAUGUCUGAAAUAGAAAAAUACUUCCACUUGCCAAUAGAAGAGGCAGCCGAACGACUUCAAAUAUCCCUUACUGCUCUGAAAAACAUAUGUCGUCGAAAUGAAUUGGCUCGUUGGCCUUAUCGAAAGAUUAGCAGCAAUACCAAAUCUAUAGAGUUGUUGAACUUACAAUUGGUUGGUGAAAAUGGUGUGAUAAAUGAAAGGAUAAAAAGUCGGAUUGAAUCUCUGACGACUGAGAUAGAAAUGUUUUAUGAACAUUUCAAUGGGCAAAAUAAACGAUAG